UGGUGACGUGUUCUUCCAGCGCCAGGUCGGGAGUCGCCCAGGACUGGUAGAAAAACGCCUUCUCUGGCGUCUUAGGUGCUCAGUGAACACAGAGACCCAGAGAAGGGGAAGCUGGCUGUAGAGUUAGCCACGAAGACACUAAAGUCCAGCCGGGAGAGUGAUUCUUGACCCUUGAGGUUAUCUGGCUGUUUUUUUGUUCUUGUGUGAUUUCUGACAUAGCAAGAACUAUGUCAUGGAUCAAAGAAGGAGAGCUGUCACUUUGGGAACGGUUCUGUGCCAAUAUCAUAAAGGUUGGCCCAGUGCCCAAACACAUUGCAUUCAUAAUGGAUGGCAACCGUCGCUAUGCCAAGAAGUGCCAGGUGGAGCGACAGGAGGGCCACACACAGGGCUUCAAUAAGCUUGCUGAGACUCUGCGCUGGUGUUUGAACCUGGGCAUCCUAGAAGUGACUGUCUAUGCGUUCAGCAUUGAGAACUUCAAACGUUCCAAGAGUGAGGUUGACGGGCUCCUGGAUCUAGCCCGACAGAAGUUCAGCUGCUUGAUGGAAGAACAGGAGAAGCUGAAGAAGCAUGGGGUGUGCAUCCGAGUCCUGGGCGAUCUGCACCUGCUGCCCUUGGACCUCCAGAAGAAGAUUGCACAGGCUGUCCAGGCUACCAAGAACUACAACAAGUGUUUCCUCAACGUCUGCUUUGCAUACACGUCACGUCACGAGAUCACCAAUGCCGUGAGAGAGAUGGCCUGGGGUGUGGAACAAGGUCUGCUGGAACCCAGUGAUGUUUCCGAGUCUCUGCUUGAUCAGUGCCUCUAUAGCAACCACUCUCCUCAGCCCGACAUCUUGAUUCGGACUUCCGGGGAAGUGCGGCUCAGUGACUUCUUGCUCUGGCAGACCUCCCACUCCUGCCUCGUGUUCCAGCCUGUCCUGUGGCCAGAAUACACAUUUUGGAACCUUUGUGAGGCAAUCCUGCAGUUUCAGAUGAACCAUAGUGCACUUCAGCAGAAGGCCCGAGACAUGUAUGCUGAGGAACGGAAGAGGCACCAGCUGGAGAGGGACCAGGCGGCAGUGACAGAGCAGCUGCUUCGAGAGGGGCUCCAGGCCAAUGGGGAUGCCCAACUCCGACGGACACGCUUGCACAAACUCUCCGCCAAACGGGAAGAGCGAGUGCGAGGCUUCCUGCAGGCCUUGAACCUCAAGCGGGCUGACUGGCUGGCACUUUGGGGCACUGCAUCUGCCUAAGUGAGGAGUCUGACUACCAGGCACUUUGCCCUGUCCUCUGCCCUCGCCCCCCCCCCCCAUCUUCCUUUCCCUUUCUUUUCUUUCUUUGGGAAAGGCACCUCCCUGUUUUUGAUGAAUUGGGCUCCCUGUUCUGCAGGGAACCCCAAAGGCAAGUUCUGCUGCCUAUAGAUACCUUUGGGCAACCUGUGAGAGUUACUCUUGAAGUUUGAGAUACAAUCUCUACUGUGUACACUAAAUCCAAGUCCAGCCACUAAUACAUUCGGGGGAACAGGAGACCCUAACUCUUAGCUA